AUGCAACAAUACAAUGUCCCAAUACGUGUUGUCGACCUUUAUAGUUUUGAGAGCUUGGCUUUGAUUAAAGCGUUUAAGAAAAGAAUAGCAGAAUUAAUAUAUAAAGUCCAAUAUGCUAUAGAGGGACGAUUAACUGACGGAGAGCAAUCAAGACUAUGGAAAAAAAUUCUUAAGAAGUAUAUUGAUUAUUUGAAUAACAGUAAGACACACCUUAUUGGGAUGUCUCCAGCUCAUGCUAUGACUUUGGAAGAAGUUAAAUCAAAACCUUCUAGGAAAGCUAAGCGCACAAUUGGAAAAGAUGAGGAGAUAAAGUUACAAAAGGGUACAGCGGUUAGAUAUUUGUUAAAACCAGGUGAAUUGGAAGGAGACCAUAGGCGUAGAGCAACUGAUCCAUACUGGAGCUUGCGUGUCUAUAAGAUAAAAAGAGUUGUUAUUAGGAAGAACCCGCCACAGCCAAUCUUAUACUAUCUUGAAAAUGGACCUAUUGAAUCUACUGCUCAUUUGAUGGGACGAAAUCCCAAAAGACCUUUCAAAUUUGAGGAACUUCAAGUAAUCGAGGAACCUGAUAAAAUCAAAUAUCCACCAGAUGAAUUUAUGUGGAAAUAUUAUCCUACUGAAUUCGUUCACUAUGUUCAAGUUGCUAAUGAUAAAUUGACUAAAGCCGAUCAAUAUGCUAAGAAGCGUGGUGGCCAUUGUCUGGAAAAGACCGGGCGAAUAAAUGGACAUAAUGUAUACCUCUGGUCCUGUGAAAAUGGUGUGCAUCAAUGGGAGUAUCUAUUAAAGUAUAUCAUGAAAAAAUUUGAGUGGUGUCCUCUAUGCCACCAUACUACUGAAAGAAAUUGCCGAUACAUUUUUAAGGAUUUGCUAGGCAAGAAAUUCCCAUCCUGCAGACCAUCAUUUUUGAAUGGAAUGCAAUUAGAUGGUUAUAAUGAAGAAUUAAAAUUGGCUUUUGAAUAUCAUGGAUCCCAACACUAUAGUCUUAAUUCAAUGUUUCAUAAGAGAGGCCAGAUAGAUUUAGAUGAACAAAAAUCCUGA